AUGGAUGAAGCUACAGCCCUAAAAAAUUGUGGUUACAUUAUGGGUGUUAGCUUAGCAGAAGGAUGUUAUGGGAAAGUGAAGUCUGCAUACUCUAACCAAUACAAAGCACAUGUAGCAGUGAAGAUAAUAGACAAGAAAAAAGCAGAUAAUAACUAUCUGGAGAAAUUCCUACCCAGAGAAAUGGAGAUCUUGGCUUUAGUAAAUCACAAAAAUAUUGUGAAGACGUAUGAGAUAUUUGAGAGUUCAGAUGAGAAGAUUUACAUUAUCAUGGAGCUUGCAGUUAAUGGAAACUUGCUACAAUAUUUAAAAUCCAGAGGGUCACUACCAGAAGACAGGUCCCAAAAGAUGUUCCGGCAGUUAGCAAUGGCCAUGAAGUACUGUCAUGAUAUCAAUAUUGUGCACAGAGACUUAAAGUGUGAAAAUGUCCUUCUUGAUAUUAAUUACAACAUCAAGCUCUCAGACUUUGGGUUUUCUAAACAAUGCGCUUAUGAUGAAGAUGGAAGUAUUUUGCUGUCUAAAACAUUCUGUGGUUCUGUUGCAUAUACAGCACCAGAGGUGCUAGAAGGCAUACCAUAUGAUCCAAAGGUCUCUGACAUCUGGAGCAUGGGUGUUGUUCUUUUUGUUAUGGUCUGUGACCACUGGCCAUAUGAUGACAGUAAUAUCCAACAAAUGGUAAGCACACAGAAGAUGCAUACAGUGGAUUUUAGGUCUAAAUGUGUGACCUCAGAGUGCAAAGACUUAAUUAUUCAUAUACUUCAUCCAAAUGUGCUGAAACGACUGACAAUUGAAAAAAUUCUGGCUCACACAUGGAUGCAGUCUACAAAUUCAGAAAGCACACACAGAAAAAAAGCGGCUGAAUGUUUUCAAACAGUGCACCAGCAAGAGGAGCAACCAAAUGGAUCUAAAUUACAAAAUAAGGGCAACAAUAAGACUGAGGCAAAAUCAAAAGCAACACAGUGCAAAAAUGAAUCCAAACCAGAUAAAGAAAAAUGGCAAGGCAGAAAAAAGGCCCAAAGUCCUAACCCUAUAACAAAGGGAAUUAAAAAAGGUCUUAAAAGGGAUUAA